CAUUGUCGCAUUUUUGUUUGUUCUAUUGCUUUUGGCUCCACCGCGAUUUUCCCUUUCAUACCCAACGAAUAUUCUCUUUUCUUCCUUUUUCAUUUCGCUUACUCUUUCGUUUCAUUCCAAACUUUUCCAACGCUAAAAGCUUAAUCGUUUCACAUUUCUUCAUUUCUUUUACAAAAACAACAUAAUCACUUAUUCACGAAUGAAGAACGAUUGGUUAUCAUGGAUGGAUACAGAUCCAAACCUAUUUCCAUUCGAACCAUUCCUCUUCUUUCUAGAUAAUUCUAAAACCUUCUACGAAAGUUCUGCAAUCGAAGAAGCAUUCGGCCGUGUUUCAAAAUUCGCCGGCGCGUUGUUGUUUUGGUUUUCCGGCGGUGGUAGUGGUGGUGGUUCUCUUCGAUUCGGUGGUGGUGGUGGUUUUGGUAAUGUGAAUUUGAAGGUUAAGCCUGUGAUAACGAAUAAUGUGGCACCUAGGUUUGGUUUUGGUUUUGGAUCGAAGAGGAAAACUUGUGAACGUGUGAGUUUGGGGAAGAUUUCAAGUUUUGUUGUUAGAUUGUUUUGGAGAGAAGCCAAAAGGAUUCAAUCGUUUCCUGUUCUUUCUCUUGCUGCUGCAUUGGUGCCGCCAAUUCAAAAUUUGUCAUCAAAUCUACUGUCUGGGCCAAUGCAGGAUCCUGACGUACAAAUGCAUGGCGGCAUGGACCAAGUGCCUAAGGAUGUUGAACGCCGGGGAUGUCCUCGCCUAUCAAUUUCCGAGUUGAGCCUAGCCAACUCUACCGUGGAGCCUAAAACUGGCAUUGAAUUUCCUGUGGUUCUGGAUAAUUUAUCAGCUGGAGAUCGGAAUUCCAGCCUUGGCUCAGAGGUCCUGGUUGGAACAGGAUCCAAAAACAUGACAAUUGUUAAAAUCAAGACGCUGAAAGUCUAUGCCUUUGGAUUUUAUGUUCACCCGUACUCUCUCUGUGAGAAGUUGGGCCCAAAAUAUGCUUCAAUUUCUGCAGAUGAACUGAAUGACCGUAAUGAUUUCUACCAGGAUCUUCUCAGGGAAGAUAUCAAUAUGACUGUUAGGCUUGUCGUAAAUUGCAAAGGAAUGAAAAUUAACAGUGUGAGAGAUGCUUUUGAGAAAUCGCUUAGAGCUCGAUUAGUUAAGACAAAUCCAUCCGCAGACUUUGAUUGCCUUUGGACAUUUGGUUCAUACUUUACGGAGAAUAUCCCGAUACCUUUGGGAACAAUUAUUGAGUUUAAACGAACAGUUGAUGGACGUCUGAUUACUGAAAUUGGUGGCAAUCAUGUUGGAAGUGUCCACAGCAAAGAUUUGUGUCAGGCAUUCUUUGGCAUGUACAUUGGAGAUGUCCCUGUGUGCGAACAAACCAAGAAAGAGAUUGGAACAAACAUCGUAAAUAUUAUUAGAAAUUGUUGAAAGGGUUCAUUUUCUUUCCAAUUGCCCUUAUUUUUAGAAUGGACAAUUGGAUAUGGAGGGUGGCAUGGCAUUUAUCCCCACCCUAUAGCAGAAGCAGUUGUUUCAAAAAAAUCGAUUUCAAUCUGCUUUAAAUUCCCCGAAAUUACUAUUUUGAGGUUUGUCCGUUGAAUCAUAGAAGUCAUUAGGAUAGCUCAAGUUAGACUUAUGUUUGAAAUUUUCUCGGUUGCUAUUGAUAAUACACAUCUCUUUGAUGCCUCUAUCCCUUGUUAGAUGUGUACUCUUAUUUUAGAGAACUAAAGGAAAAAAUUGCAGAUUAGAAUAUUAAUGUCAGUUUGCUCAAGCUAGUGCUUUGCCACAUUUAUACUCAAUUACAAUUCGUAACCAUAGUUGACCUGUCAUUCUUCUUUGAUACAGAUGAGAAUUGCUACAAAUAGCAGUAUUUAAAUUUUAUUA